CUCAGGGUUUGUUGAUACGUUGUAUAGCAGUACUAGGCAGUGCAAGGCUAGCAAGAAAAAGGAUUUUGUAUCCAAUCAGAAACCAGAAAUCUUCAGGGAGGAUCACACAGGGAGUGCAAAACAAUCCCCACCCCACCCCAGCUUCAGCAGGCAGAGAACUCAGUGUGGGGCCAGGAGAACCAUCUCACAUCAGCAGCCAGAGAACUCAGUGUGGGACCAGGAGAACCAUCUCACAUCAGCAGCCAGAACACAUCAGCAGCCAGGGAACCAAUAGGAACCAUCUGGAAUAAACUGUUACACUGCCUUAAAUUCCCUGGGAGUUCUCACACACUAUUCCAGGUCCAUAGAACCAGCAAUGAAAGCAUCUCUUCCAGAGAGAACUCCACUGUUCAGUCAUGAACCCAAUGGUCCUGCAUACAGAAUUCCGUCACUCAUUUAUAUCAAAGAGGAGAACACAUUUGUGGCUUUUGCGGAGAGACGGAAGAACGAUGAGGACAUCAGUGCUGAAUAUGUGGUCAUGAGAAGAGGGAUCUACAAGACUGGAUAUGUGAAGUGGGAAGGAAUCCAACCCUUACAUGAAGCUACCAUGAAAAACCAUCGCACCAUGAAUCCUUGUUCAAUCUACGACGAGAACUCCAAAGUUUUAUUCUUGUUUUUUAACUGUAUACCUGAUGGAGUCACUGAAAAACACAUGAGGGUCUGGGGAAAUUCUUCAAAGUUGUGCUACGUCACCAGCAGCGAUUUUGGUAAAACGUGGAGUUUCAUCAAAGAUAUCACAGAAGUGACCAAUGGCAUUAGGAAAAUGACCACCUGUUUCUUGUCUCCAGGUCAUGGAAUACAAACACAAGAUGGGAAACUAAUUAUUCCUGCUUAUGUCUACAUUGCCAAAUUUUGGUUUAUACGUUGGUGGUUUGAUGCAGCCCAGUCAUUUUAUCUCUACAGUGCAGACCAGGGUCAUAAAUGGGAAAUAUCUCAGCGUAUUGUCAAAUACAAUAGUGGCGAAUGUGAGCUGGCGGAAAUAUGUGAUGAUGGCAAAAACAUGCUUUAUUGCAAUGCCAGAUCCACAAGUGUUAAACGAGUGGAAGCGCUAAGCCUAAAUAUUGGUGGAGAAUUUAAGUUUGUAGAAAAGAGCAGAAAGCUGAAGGAGAUAAAAGGCGGAUGUCAUGGGAGUGUUUUAAGUUUCCUUGGGGGUGAGGAAACUGUGCAAAAUCACAAUCAUUGGCUAAUGUUUUCACACCCCAUAAAAAAUGACCGUAGAGAUCUUGGAAUAUUCUUGAACAAGUUUCCACUCAAGUCUGAGUCCUGGUCCAAGCCUUGGGUCAUUUAUGAAGGAUUUAGUGGCUACUCCAACCUUGUCGACUGCCAACAAGCAAACACAUUUGCGGUUUUGUUUGAGGGUGGUGAUAAAACUCAUUAUGAACAUAUAUAUUUUUGCUUAUUUACCUUGGAAGAUGUUCUCGAAAACAUUAAGAAGAAGAAAAGCUUAUUUGCACGAUUUAAGAAAUAAUGUCGAGGUCAUUUUAUUAGAGCGGGUCCGGACAUAAUCUUUUAAAAAUUAUCGCACUGUGUGCAAUGUGCAUUCUCAACACUACAACUGUAAGACAAUAAUGACUUAUGAAAAAUACUAAGCAGUAAAUCAUUUAAAAGGCAGACUUAUUCAAGCUAAGAGCCCAGGUAUAGGUUCUUAGAAUCUAUUGAUUACUAUUGUGAAUUAACUUGUUUCUAAAUUACGAAAGGGGUCAUAAAAUGAUAGAUAAAGAGAGCUACUAGUUAACAUGUUUAAUAACAUAUAAAGGAAGAUAUUUGUGGAAUAAGUAUACCAAAAUACUUGCAUACUAGUCAGCAUGUGAAAAAACAUGGAUAUUUCUACCUGCCUCAAUAAUACAUUUGUUUUGGAAACUAGGCCAUAUUAACCUAUAGUGAGGUUUCCUAUAAGAAUACACAGGAGCCUCACCUGUACAGAUGCAGCUCACUUCCGUUGAAGCAAUGGGCAGCUGUAUUGCAAAAGCAGCUACCAAAUUAGUGCAUGAGGAUGAGAGCAUGUGAUGUCACACAUAGACCAGGAACUGGCUGAGAGUUCUAAGCCAGUUCCUGGUUGAACCUGAAGUCAAAGGAGGCAGAUUAAAACCCUGGCAUAUGCUGCAUAUAGGCAUCUUUUUCAUGUUUUUUAAUUUUUUUAUUACGCAAUUUAUAGUAUUUUAUUAUCUAUGUGUUUUAGAAAAGUGGGUGUUGACAUCUACUAAUGGGUGUCCCUCUAACGUUAUAAAUUAGAGACAAGCCCUGUCACUUUGACUGUAGUGACUGCCACACUCAUUGAGUGGAAUGGGAGUAGCAAUGUGCAGCAGUGAAUCUUUAUAUAGAUAAAUUAUUCAGUCACGGAAUUUAAAAAGCUUGUAAAUGGAAAAUGUGAACACUUGUAUAUAAUGACGAAGUGUUUGGAUAUAUCUCUUUAACUGCUGAUUCUUGAGGCUGGUGAGAUACCAAUUAUAUAGAUUUCAUUUUGUUA